CCUUCCAUGUUCAGGAAGGGGAGACUCAGAGGAGGUAAAGGCCCAGCGGAGGGAAUACUGGCAGUGAUGCUGUCACAGGCUGUGUGGUGACAGAUGGCAGCUCCAUGCCUGGUGAGCAGGGCGUGAUGUUGACACUUGUUGAAUCACUGUGUGGCGCCCCCCAAACUAACGUGACCUGGUGUGUCGACCACCCUCAUGCUUUAAAAACUUAAUUUAGAAAAACCCACGUCUUUCCUCAGAGCCGUCGCACUCAUAGUUCCCUCCGACGGGCACGCUCUUCCCCAGAGGACCUUGUGUCUCCUGUCUCCUCGAGGGCUCUGUUUACAUGUGUGCCGGUGUGUCCGAACAACCAGGAAGAGCCAUCCCUCCAUCCACGCUUCCCUUUACACAGGCUUUGUUUUUCUUCACGGCACCUGUCACCCCUGAUAUUUUAUCUGGUCUUUAUUUGCUUAUCCCCUUUCUCCAUCACUGAACCCUCCAGGCUUUUGUGUCUUGACACUUAUACACUUUGCGUGAAGGUUAGUCAGUGCUCAACGCUAUUCCUCAAAUGCAUGACAGAAUUUCUCAUUAAAAGUAAAGAAAACACGAGCACUUGGGGAAAAUGUUAAGUAUGGGAAGUGAAUACCUAUUCAGAGCUGGCAUGGAGAUGCUGAGAGGGGACAAGUUCCAUACAAAAACGAUGGAUAUUCACUUUUGAGUGCAAAAUAAGAAUUGUAGCAUUUCAAUGAUAUUUGCAAUGUUCAUUAUUGAGAAAAUUAGUCAUGUUAUUUUUUUGUUGUUGUUGUUCCCUGGUAGUCACCUCCAGUACAUGAAACCAGGAAAUGACACACAAAUUUCAGAAUUUUUUCUUCUGGGAUUUUCAGAGGGUCCAGAACUGCAGCCCCUCCUAUUUGGGCUUUUCCUCUCCAUGUACCUGAUCACUGUGUUUGGGAACCUGCUCAUCAUCCUGGCCGUCAGCUCUGACUCCCAUCUCCACACCCCCAUGUACUUCUUCCUGGCCAACCUAUCCUUUGUAGACAUCUGCUUCACCUCCACUACUGUCCCAAAGAUGCUGGUGAACAUCCAGACUCAGAGAAAAGUCAUAACUUAUGCAGGCUGCAUCACACAGAUGUAUUUUUUCCUACUCUUUGCUGGAUUGGACAACUUUCUACUGGCUGUGAUGGCUUAUGACAGAUUCAUGGCCAUCUGUCACCCUUUGCACUAUGCGAUCAUCAUGAAACCCAUCUUCUGUGGACUGCUUGUUCUGGUGUCUUGGAUGGUGAGCACCCUGAACUCAUUAUUACAAACCUCAAUGCUGUUGCGGCUGUCCUUCUGUAUAGAGGUGGAAAUCCCCCACUUUUUUUGUGAACUCAAUCAGAUGAUCCAACUUGCCUGUUCUGACACCUUUCUUAACGACAUGGUGAUGCAUUUUGCAGCUGGAUUGCUGGGCGGUGCUUCCCUAGCUGGGAUCCUUUAUUCUUAUUAUAAGAUAGUUUCCUCCAUACGUGGGAUCUCAUCAGCUCAGGGCAAGUAUAAGGCAUUUUAUACCUGUGCAUCUCACCUCUCAGUUGUCUCCUUAUUUUACUGUACGGUCCUAGGAGUGUACCUCAGCUCUGCUGCUACCCAGAGCUCGUGGUCAAGUGCAACAGCCUCAGGGAUGUACACGGUGGUCACACCCAUGCUGAACCCCUUUAUCUACAGCCUGAGGAACAAAGACAUAAAGAAGGCUUUGAAAAGAAUCAUUGGGGUUCCAGUGAUGUAAGGGCCCAUUGUCCUGGGGCUAAAGAUGUGCCCAUGAUUGCAAGACUCAGAGCCUCAGAGACUGGAUGGAACUGCUGUUCCUUGAUCAGACUGGGGAAGUAGAAUCUGUUCCUUCUAUUUAUUUCCUGGAAUUUCCAUUUGUUUGAUUUCAACCUCUCUAUGUAUUUAUGUAACUCACUUUAUUAAGCUUCUGAUCUGUCUGAUAUACAUUUUAUCCUUUGUCCAUUUUCAUAAGUUCCCAAAGUUUACCCCAUCCUUGGGUCACAAAUGCCUAGAAAUUUCUGUAUCUUACAAUGGGAAAGUUGGAUUUCUUUUUCUUUUUCUUUCCAAGAUUUUAUUUAAAUUCAUGUUAGUUAACAUAUAGUGUAGUAUUGGUUUCAGGAGUAGAACUUAGUGAUUCAUCAUUUACAUGCAACACCUACCACUCAUUACAAGUGCUCUCCUUCAUGGUCAUCACACAUUUAACCCAUCCCCCCACUCACCUCCCUCUAGCAACCUUCACUUUCUUCUCUAUCAUUAAGAGUCUCUUAUGGUUUGCCUCCUUCUCGUUUCUGUCUUUUUUAUUUUUCAGAAGUUGGAUUUCUUAAAAAUAUUUUCAUUUCAAAUGACUUCUAUCAUGCCAGGUAGAUUUCCCAAAAGAAUAAUCAUUCCUCAUAUGGAAGAAAACUACCCUUGGCCACUAAGCCGUUUACAUAAUUCUAUUGUCUGGGAGAAUACAACACCACAGUGUUCACCUUGAGUCUGUCAAUCUUUUUAUAUCAUUACCUUAACUACUCUUCCUGAGAAUGUGGACUCUAACACUGUUCAUUCUAAGCCUCAGGCUAUUGACGUCAAUGCCUAAGCUAGGAAAGCCCAGGCACUCUCCUAUGCCCAUGUGCUUAUGAACAUGCCCACAGACAUUUCCCUGACCAGAGCCUAUGCUGUGACUGCACUGGCCCUUGGGGUACUUACUGUGAUUGCAAGGCACACCUCCGCAACACCUAUCAGAGAACUCUAAAAAAACAAGGUUUAUUACUUAUAGUCUCUGCAAGGAAUAGGCAGAAAGGUCUGGAGGGACCGUACAGAAAUUCAGAAGGAGAGAGAGAAAGGCCACAAUGGCAGGCCCUGCCUUUAUUGGGAUCUCUGGUCAGAGUGUCUAGGGGUUUGCAGGUUCCCUCUUUGUUGACAAAUUUAAAACAGAAAUUCUGGCACAGAAAGGGAAAAUCAGGGUCACUCAUGUGUCAGUAUGUAGGUUACCCACGGCUUUCUGAAGAGGUGCUUCAGGCUGGGUGUGUUCUGAGUAGUUCUCUGGUGAGUAGAAGCAUUCACCUAGGUGUCUAGAAUGCCACCACCACCACUGGCAAAAAUUGGUGAUCAAAUAUAGAUCUCCCAGUGGAGUGUACUUAGAAAGACAAAUUUGAAUAAAUAGAUUGACCUAAUAUAUUCGUAGUGUCAGAGAUGACCAUAAAUAUGAAGAUGCAUUUUCUUUGGGUUAAUACCCAGUAGUGAGAUUACUGGAUCGUAUGGUAGGUCUAUCUUUAAUUUUUUGAGGAAUGUCCAUACUGUUUUCCA